AGGUCUUAGUUGGCGAUAAUUCUUCUUACGACUAUUACGGUGAUUCAGACUUGGAGACUAUAGAAGAACCUGUUAGAAGAAGACAUGUGAAAUCAGUUGGUAAGAAAAAGAAUGGAUCAGAGGAUGAAGAUGAGAGUGAUACAGAAGAUAAGAGAAAGUUUUACUGGGAGGUAAUGGAGAAGACAUUUGUGUCUGAGGCAGCUGCUUAUACUUUUUAUAAUGGAUAUGCUCGACAAGAGGGAUUCAGUGUAAGAAAGUUCAAGUUCAAACAGACUAAGGGUGCUAACAAAAUAGUUCGCAGAAGGCGGUUUGUGUGUUCACGGGAAGGAAAACGUAACAGCAAGUUUCUGACUAUGGACAACCGCACUCGUAGGUUGAGACCUUUGUCACGUUGCAAUUGUAAAGCGGAGUUGGAUGUGAAGCUUGAUAGAGGUUCGGGGCUUUGGCGAGUUGCAAAAUUUGUUUACAAGCACAGUCAUAAGUGUGCAGAACCGAGCGAGAGCCCAUUCUUAUGGUCACAUAGGAGGAUAAAAGAUUUCCAGAAAGCGGAGAUAUUAGCAUUGGCAGCAGCUGGGGUUAGGAAGCAUGUGAUCAUGGAUACCUUCCUCAGCAAGUAUGGUCGGUACACCACUGUUGGGUUUACGAGGAAGGACUUGUACAACAUGUGCUGCAGGGAGAAGAGAAAGUUACUUGCAGGUGGUGAUGCUAGCUCAGCCAUUGCCAUGAUGGAGAACCGGAGGAAGAAGUUUGCUGAUUUUUUUUUUUAGUACGACGUUGAUAGUAAAGGUCGUUUGAAAAGCUUGUUCUGGUGUGAUGCUCAGUCCCGGCAGGAUUACAAUGAUUAUGGAGACGUACUUGUGUUCGACAGCACAUAUAAGAUGAACCGAUAUGGUAUGCCAUUUGUUCCGUUUGUUGGAAUUAACAAUCACCGGAGGACGACAAUUUUUGCGUGUGCCAUCUUAUCAGAUGAGAAGGAACGCACAUAUGUAUGGGUACUGAAGACUUUUUUGAAAGCUAUGUUGCAGCAGAAACCCAAGUCAAUAAUCACCGAUGCCGAUAGUGCGAUGAUUAGAGCUAUUCGAAGUGUGUUUCCGGAGCAGUCGCACCGUAUUUGUUCAUGGCACAUUGAAAAGAACAUGGCU